AUGGAUGUAGUUCAAGAGGAUGGCCCAUUCGAUGCCAUAUUAGGCUUCUCGAACGGAGCGGCCCUAGCCGCGACCACGAUAGCGGCAGCGAUGGAGAAGGACCCCUCAGAUCCUCCGUUCAAAGCUGCAAUCUUUAUUUGCCCGACAAUGCCUUUUCGUCUCGACUCUGGUCCUCUUCGAGUUACAGUCACCGACCCGGACACCAUAACGGCCAUACGACAUGACCUCGACGAAGAGGCAAACAAAACCUACAACUGGCUCAGUGACCCUGAAACAGCCGGUAUUAUGGAUGAAUUUGAGAAGAAAAAGAAGAGACUUGACUAUAGUGACUUAAGCAAGCUACCUCAAACCGUAGAGCUACUCCUGCGGUACCACCCAGAUGUGCAGACUCGCAUGCUGCAUAUCCCCACUGUUCAUGUGAUUGGUGAUCAGGAUGAGUAUAAUGAGCAAGGGCACAAGUUUACGCAACUCUGCGACCCGAAGCUUCGGAAGAUUAUAACUCAUGGUGGUGGCCAUCAUUCCCCCAAGGAGAAGGGAGCCAAUCUGAAAACCUGCCAAGCAAUGGAGUGGGCAUGUGACAGGAUUAUGUUUUCUAGCUACUAA